AUGAAGGCACGUUUGAGAUCUAAGGUUUGGUGGCCUCGCAUCGAUAAAGAUGUGGAAAACGUAGUGAAAGCUUGCAAAGGCUGUACAUUGGUGAGUCUUCCAAACCCACCAGUACCCAUGAAGAGACGAGAGUUGCCUACGGCGCCGUGGGUAGAUAUUGCAGUAGAUCUAAUGGGACCAUUACCAAGUCAAGAAUAUAUUUUAGUAGUGGUUGAUUACUACAGUCGAUAUAAAGAGGUGAAAAUCACUAAAACGAUCACGAGUUUACAGAUCAUCAAACUACUAAAAGAAUCAUUUAGUAGACUUGGUUAUCCUAUUUCGAUAACAGCGGACAAUGGUAGGCAGUUUGUCAGUGAAGAAUUCAGAACUUUCUGCAAGGAAUGCAAUAUCAGAUUAUUUAAUACCAUCCCAUAUUGGCCUCAAAUGAACGGCGAGGUCGAGCGACAAAAUCGGGACAUUUUAAAACGUCUUCGUAUUAGUCAUAUCGAGAAUAAAGAUUUAAAGGAAAGUCUAUGGGAGUAUCUACUUAUGUACAAUAAUACACCCCAUACAGUUACUGGACGAUCACCAUCUGAACUGUUCUUCCAACGGCAAAGUAGAGAUAAAAUACCUUCACUAGGAGAAAUAAACUAUAGAUUAAAUGACUCGGAAAUUAGAGAUAAGGAUAAAAUACAAAAAGAAAAAAGGAAAAGAAUAUGGAGAUAG